CAUUGCCUACUACUUGACAGCUCAUAACAUUGCGCGCACCGGAGCGAGUUCCACCUGGCUGCCCUUUGACUGCACUCUGGACUAACUUCACCUGCUCGUUUUGUUUCUUUUUUUUUCCUUUCCGGAGGAGACCUGCGAGGGAGAAAUGGCCUCCCAGGAGACUUUUAACGACUUGGGGUGCAGCAGUUCGUCCGAAGAGGACAGUAACCGAGCGGACUUGCCGGAGGGGUCUCGGGAGGAGAAGAGUCCAUCUCCUGCGGCGCGUCGGCAUCAUCCGUUCAGCGUGGAGGCGCUCAUGUCCGGGAGGAAGGCGGACAGCCGCGGCGCAGAGUCCGCCUGCUGCAAACCGAAGGGAAGUCCGGUGGCGACGUCCCCCACCGGUUUAAACUCUCUGUAUCUGUGUCGGGAGACGUGCAGUCCCUCCGCGGGGAGCCGGAACAGCUUGACGGCUGCGCCCCCGUCGCCGGUAAAGUCGGAGGCGUCAGAGUCAGAGGAUUGCGCAGCUUGGAUCACCAGCAGCGCGUUUUCCACACAACCUCGUCAUGUCAAUCCUGCCUGUCCGCUGAGGAAACACAAGACCAACCGGAAGCCUCGCACUCCCUUCACCACAUCCCAGCUGCUGGCCCUGGAGAGGAAGUUCAGGCAGAAGCAGUACCUGUCCAUCGCAGAACGGGCCGAGUUCUCCUCCUCCCUGACCCUGACUGAGACCCAGGUGAAGAUCUGGUUCCAGAACCGCCGGGCAAAGGCCAAGAGGCUCCAGGAGGCCGAGCUGGAGAAACUCAAGAUGGCUGCUGACGCCAAGACGGCAGCGGUGGCAGCAGCCGCCGCCGGAGCUUUGCACCCUGGCUUUACGUUACCGCUCUCUCUGGGUGCCAUGUCGCUGUAUGGACAGUCGUACUCGGCCUACCAUCACCACCACAGACCCAUACUGCCCAUUUCACCGUUAGGACUGUACGCCGCUCCUCUGGGCUACAGCAUGUACCACUUAUCAUAAAAAAUGGAAAUAUCACACAGACUUUGGUGAAAUGUGUUUCCACGGAUUCCCAAAAAUGGACACAGAGGACAUGUGCUCCUUAAAAAUCUAUGUUUAUAAUAUAUCUACUGCACAAGAGGUGUUUGAAUCAACUUUACGAGCACUUCAAGUCAAAUAUAAAAUCUAUUUUUUUUUCCCCACAGUGAGGAUAAAAAAAAACCCUCCUCUCUUGCCCCCUUGGACUGCCUGUUUACAUGACUUGUCUAUAAGAGGAGGGGGUGUUACUGUCCAGCUGUUUAUACUCUUCACUGUUUACUUCUGCAAUAAUUGAGCUGGGCGAGGACUUGCAUGGGGCACCAAAACAGACUACAACUGUUCUAUUAAGCCUUGCUCCUCAUCAGAUACAGCACCUCGUGCUGAAAAAAGGGCCUUAAAAAUCAGGACACUUUGUACUCUUGUAUGGAUGAAUGGGUGUUUCAGCAACUCAGGCCAGAUAAAAAAACAUAUCACUGAAGCAUUGUUUUUUAUUUUUAAAUAAGAAAGUCCAUUCUUACAAAAGCGUCUGCCUUGAAAAACUGUCCAAUUCAGGUUUGUGGUGUCUUCAGGUUUAACCCUCUAAUUAUUGGUCGCAAUGAAAACUUUACGCAGUUGUAAUUAAAACUUUGUUAAUGUUUUUUCUCGUAGCAAUAAAAGCAUUUUCAUCACUCCCUCAUUUUCUUUACAACACAGUUUUAGAGCGGAGACAUAUUCUCUUUGAAAUACGAUGCUGGAAAUAUAUGAAUGCCUCACGUUGUGUAUUUAUGAAAAUAUGGUACAAAUUUUCUGACCAAAUGUGUAUUUAUAUUCCUUCCUGAAUGGCCCUUUGAAAGGGCCUACAUUGUGCUAUGCAGUUUAUAUAUAAAUGUGUAUAUAUAUCUAUUUUUUUCCAAUUGCAUGUGUUAUAAUUGAAAUGAACAAAUAAUUAAAGCCUUUCAGACCA